AUGGGUAUUCCUACUGAUCCAAUUUCUGAGACUGGACCAGAUCCAUCCGGUGAAGAUGCAGUUCCUCCUAAGCUUACUGCAAUGAUUUCUCAAUCUGGUAAAUUCUCUCGUCACCCUAAUAGAUUUGAUGGCAAUAACCCUCGAGGUUGGAUUUGUAAAUGUAUUAGAUAUUUUCAGUUGAAUAUGGUGGUUGAUGCUCAUAAAGUAGAUUUAGCAUCCAUUCAUCUUGAUGAUUCUGACAAUUAUGUGGUUAGCUUUAACAAAUUGUCUCAAAAAACAACUGUUGAGGAGUAUUUUGAUAGAUAUGAAUCUUUAAAAGCUUUGAUGAAAGCUCAUAACCCAAGUUCAUCUGAAGAUUAUUAUACAAUGAGUUUCAUCAGUGGUCUUAAAGAAGAGAUUCGCAAACCUGUUCAAAUGUUCAAACCAUCUUCUGAAACUGAUGCCUUCUAUUUAGCUAGAAUGCAACAGGCUUCUGUUGAUUUUCAAUCUAAACAAUUUCGACCAUUUUCUAGACCAUUUCAACCUUCCACUACACCUUACUCUUCAUCGACACCAUCUGUCAAACAUAUGAAGGUUCGACGUGAUAAUGGAUUAUGUUACAACUACGAUGAGUUCUAUAAGAAAGGUCAUAUAUGCAAGACUCCGCAAUUAUUUAUGUUGAUUGCUUCUGAAGAAACUGGUAUGGUUACGCCAACUACAAUUCGGGUACCUGGUUGCAUUCAGUCACAUGAUACAUUUGUUCUUAUCGAUACUGACAGUACCCGCAGUUUUGUGGAUGCCAAGUUGGCCGAGCGACUUCAUCUUAAUGUUGCACCUAUUAGUCCCAUGUUAGUGACAAUAGCUAAUGGAGAUACUACCAUCAGUAAAGGAUUCGACUUUAGUAGUGAUUUACGCAUUUUACCACUGGGAGGCUACGACAUGGUUCUUGGAGUGGAUUGGAUGACACAGCUUGGAGAUAUCGUGUUUAACCUAGCUGAGCUCAGGGAUUCUUUCUUUAACCAAGGUCAACACAUAAAUCUUCAGGGGAAUUCUUCUUCACCCACUUGCAACAUGAUUCGUGGUUAUGCAAUUAUGAAGUUUCUUAAGGACAACACACCCACUUUUAUUGGGCAAUUUUUCUCCAUCUCAGCUGUUCCUUUAGAACCAGUUCCUGCUAACAUCUCUGCAGUAGUUGAGUCUUUAUCUGAUAUUUUUACGGCUCCGACAUAUUUACCACCUAAAAGAGCAUUAGAUCAUCAAAUACCUUUGAAACCCAACUUUGAACCUGUAUCUCAGAGACCUUAUAGAUGUCCCCACUUGCAGAAAGCAGUAGUGGAACAAUUGAUUCAAGAGAUGCUUGAUGCUGGCUUCAUCCAAGAGAGUCACAGUCCGUUCGCCUCUCCCUUUUUGCUAAUCAAUAAGAAGGAUGGUUCUUGGAGUUUCUGCGUGGAAUACAGGAAAUUAAACGACAUAACAGUUAAAGAUAAGUUUCUUAUUCUAUUGAUAGAUGAUUUGCUAGAUGAAUUAAAUGGCGCCAUCAUAUUCUCUAAGAUUGAUUUGAAAUUUGGAUACUAUCAAAUCUUGAUGAAGUUAGAUGACAUACAUAAAACUGCUUUUCGCAACCAUCAGGGCCAUUAUGAAUUCAGGGUUAUGCUAUUUGGCUUAACCAAUGAUCCAGCCACCUUUUAG